GAGGAGAGAAGAGGUGUUAUUACGGAACUAGAUGUUGUGAAAUUUCAACAUGGGCUGAAUAAGUCUGGAGCUUUGUAUGAAAAUCUCUCCCUCUCCCUGUCUCUCUCUCUCUCUGACUGCCUGCCUGCCUGUGGGUGUCACACAGGUCUGAUGCUGCAGCUGCUGCUUCCUGUAUUCAAGCACCACCAACCAGAGCCAAAGCCCUUUUGCUUCAGAUCCCUACACCCCGAGCCGAAACACUCAGGAAUUUGUUUGCCGAUACGCCGCCGUCUUGCGAAAGGACCCGAUUCGCUUUGCCCCUGGUUUUUGACUCGGUGAAAGUGCGGCAGCCCGUUUUUCUUUCUGCAGAAGCCGAGGCGCUGCACUUUAAGGCUGAGCGACACAGGACGCGGUUUUUCCCAGAAGCUGGUGAUAGCUAGUAGCGGCUAGGUGGCUAAUGGCUAGCAGCAGCUAGAUAAGCAAAAUAAGACACAUAAUAGGCAAUAUGUACUCACUCCAAAUGCUAUAGGUGCACCGAGAACCAGUCUGUAGUUGAACAGUCAUCUCGGCAUGAUUCGUUUUUUUACACUGGCUCACUGACAUGCAAACGGAAGUACAUUAAAUUUUGCUAACGCUAGCCAGCUAAGAUACUAGCCACGUAGAGCUGAGCCUGUUGCUUUUUUUCUCCCAGACUAAGUGUAUAGCAAGAAAUACGUAUCUAUAACCAGUCCAACUUUUUAGUGUUUUAUCUGAAAAAGUAGAGUGGGGGUAGUGAAAGAAAUGGCUCCCAAAAAAAGACCCGUGCCCCUGAACAUAACCCCCAGUGGGGAGGGACAGGCCCCCUCCAACACAAAUGAUGCUGCAUCAGAAGCCAACCUCGAGGCCUUACAGAAGAAACUAGGUGAGCUGGAAAUGGACGACCAACAGAGAAAACGACUGGACGCCUUCUUCAACCAGAAGGCUCAGGUUGGAGAGUUGAAGGAUGAGGACUUUGAGCCCAUAUGCGAGUUGGGAGCGGGUAACGGAGGAGUGGUUAGCAAGGUCUGCCACAAACCCUCGGUUUUGAUCAUGGCCCGCAAGUUGAUCCACCUGGAAAUCAAGCCUGCCAUCAGGAACCAGAUUAUCAGAGAGCUACAGGUGCUGCAUGAAUGCAACUCCCCUUACAUUGUGGGCUUCUACGGAGCUUUUUAUAGCGAUGGAGAGAUCAGCAUCUGUAUGGAGCACAUGGAUGGUGGAUCGUUGGACCAAGUCCUGAAGGAAGCCAGAAGAAUCCCAGAACAAAUCCUAGGAAAAGUUAGCAUAGCUGUGUUGCGUGGGUUAGCCUACCUGCGAGAGAAGCACCAGAUCAUGCACAGAGAUGUCAAGCCCUCCAACAUUCUUGUCAACUCUCGCGGGGAGAUCAAGCUGUGCGACUUUGGUGUAAGCGGCCAGCUCAUAGAUUCCAUGGCCAACUCCUUUGUUGGAACGCGCUCCUACAUGUCGCCGGAGAGACUGCAGGGCACUCACUACUCUGUUCAGUCUGAUGUGUGGAGCAUGGGCCUGUCCUUAGUGGAGCUGGCAAUCGGCCGCUACCCCAUUCCCCCGCCAGACGCCAAAGAACUGGAGGCCAUCUUUGGAAAAGCUGUUUUAGAUGGUAGUGAGGCUGAGCCUCAAACCAAUGUGCAAAGGCCAAGACCUCCAGGCAGACCUGUGAGCGGACACGGGAUGGACAGUAGACCUGCUAUGGCCAUCUUUGAACUUUUGGACUACAUUGUAAAUGAGCCACCGCCGAAACUGCCACACGGUGUCUUUUCCAAUGACUUCCAAGACUUUGUGACAAAGUGUUUGAUAAAAAAUCCAGCCGAGAGAGCGGACCUCAAGAUGCUAAUGAGUCAUACGUUCAUCAAACGAUCAGAAGUGGACGAGGUCGACUUUGCAGGCUGGUUGUGUAAAACCAUGGGGCUCAAACAGCCCAGCACUCCCACCCGCAGCACGGAGUGAAAAGGCUCCUUCACAGCACUGACACACCUCUGGGUCUUGCUUGCAUACGCAUACUGUACAUACACGUACACAAGCCAUCAUACAUAUUGGCACUUUUUUCAUCUUGCUCUUGGGUAAAACGGUUUCAGCCCCCCUCCCCUUCAUUUAUUUCUUCUGUUGAGUCAUUGCAGCUGGUUCUUUUGAGUCAUUGUACUUAAAGGCCACAGCUUCACCAUGCCAGUGUCAAGAGUAGCCACAACUCUUUUUUUCACACAGCUAAAGAGGAUGUAAAGGGCUCCUUGUGUGUUGGCUGAAUUUGCAUUAAUUGACAAAAAAAAUCUUUUGUAUUUUCUGUAUUAAUCUUUUCUUUGGCAAUAGUGUGAGGCCUGUAGUGUUUUAAAAGAUCACCUACUGUAAGAUUUUUGUUGGUUGAUAAUGACAGAGAGAAAUUGAAAUGUGAUGUAUGACCUCAGAAAUAUUAAGUGAUUUUAUUAAAAAAAACAGAUACUAUUAUUUUGAUUUAAAAUCCUUACGUCCAAUGUUUCUUAAAAACAACUUUUGAUAAGGCCUUGCACUUACCUUUGAUUAU